GGACGCCGGAGCCCCGCACACCCACCAUGGAUCUGCUGCUGUUGGUGAACACGAGCCUGGGCUCCCCCAACGAGUCCCUGGCGCUGCCCCCCGCCUCGCCGUCCUCCUCGGCCCUCCUGCAGCCGCCCUCCCCCUACUCGCCGGCGGCCGUGGCCAGCCUGGCGGCGGUGGUGGGCUUCCUCAUCGUCUUCACCAUCGUGGGCAACGUGCUGGUGGUGAUAGCUGUGCUCACCAGCCGGGCGCUGAGAGCCCCCCAGAACCUCUUCCUGGUGUCCCUGGCCAGCGCGGACAUCCUGGUGGCUACCCUGGUCAUGCCUUUCUCCUUGGCCAACGAGCUUAUGAAUUACUGGUACUUCGGCAAGGCUUGGUGUAACAUUUACCUGGCGCUGGACGUGCUGUUCUGUACCUCGUCUAUCGUCCACCUGUGCGCCAUCAGCCUCGACAGGUAUUGGUCGGUCACACAGGCGGUGGAGUACAACCUCAAACGGACACCGCGGCGGAUCAAGGCCAUCAUCCUCACCGUGUGGCUCAUUUCAGCCAUCAUCUCCUUCCCGCCAUUGAUCUCCGUGUACCGGGACCCCGAAGGAGAUGUUUUUCCCCAGUGCAAGCUCAAUGACGAGACAUGGUACAUCCUUUCUUCUUGCAUUGGCUCUUUCUUUGCCCCCUGCCUCAUCAUGGUGUUGGUCUAUAUCCGCAUCUACCGCGUGGCCAAGCUAAGGACCAGGACCCUCUCUGAGAAGCGUACAAUGCCCGAGGGGUCCUCCCAGACUGAGAACGGCUUGAGCCGUGCUGCUGGUGGCUGCACGUCCCUGAGGAUGCAGCUGGGAGAGAACGGACAUUAUUCAGUGCACCACUGGCGCAAAGCCUCUGAGCUGGAGGACAUUGAGCUGGAGGAGAGCAGCACCUCAGAGAGCAGGCGGAGGCGGAGUCGGGAGGAGCAUCGCCGCAAAAGCAAGAGCCAGUCCUUCUCCUACUCAUACUCCUCCAAGCACUCCAGUAGCCGUCUGUCCCGUGCGAGCAAUCGCUCCAUGCAGUUCUUCUCGUAUCGCCGUCGCCGGAAGCGUAGCAGCAUCUGCCGUAAGAAAGUUGCCCAGGCCCGGGAGAAACGCUUCACUUUUGUGCUGGCUGUGGUCAUGGGGGUCUUUGUAGUUUGCUGGUUCCCUUUUUUCUUCAGCUACAGCCUCUAUGGUAUUUGCCGGGAGGCAUGUGAGGUCCCUGAGACUCUCUUCAAGUUCUUCUUCUGGAUUGGGUAUUGCAAUAGCUCCCUCAACCCAGUCAUCUACACCAUCUUCAACCAGGACUUCCGCAGGUCCUUUAAACACAUUCUUUUUAAGAAGAAAAAGAAGAACUUCCGGCAUUGAGCUGGAGGGAUGGAUUUGCCUUGAGCAGGAGUAGAGUUAAAAGAGAAGGCUCAGUGCUGGAAAAGAAGGGAGGAAAGAGAACAUGGGGCUUGGGCUUAGGGAGCGGGGAAAGGGCUCACCCCCUCGGUGGAGCAGGGUGAUGCUGUGGGGGACAGGGAUGGUGUCAGGCUGAGGGCACUCUCUGUGGUCCAGAAUGGUGACAUGGUGCUGGGGACACAGCCCUGGAGUGUGGAGGGGUAAAGCGGGAGGGAGUGAUUAUCUUUGAACCCUGACAGAAGGCACAGGGAGCCUGCAGAGGAAAGCAGGCUGAGACACUGAGUUUGGGAAGCAGUGAGCUUUUGUGGGCUCUGGAGUUUUGUGGGAAAACAAAAAGAGACAUCAAAAGGAAAGGGUUAAGUGGCAUUGGUGGUGGAGAUUUGAGGAUUUUAUAAAUAGGGCAGCUGGGGCCUGUGGUGGAUUUGUCCCAGUAAGAAAUUGGCUUUUACUGCUUGUGUGGGGAAAGAGAGUGCAAAGUGCCAGGCGCUGACAGUGUUUUGAGUUAUGAAAGGAUUUAAAUGUUUGCCAAAAAACCCCUAAAGAACAAUCCAAACUCUUUUCUAAAUAAACCUUUGUACUGUUAAAACCUUCUGAAUCAUGAUUUUGCACAAGGGAUGAAUUCAAACAAAGCAUGGGGUUUUCUUUUCCUUUGGAGGGGUCUUUGCCUGUAGAUCUGGAUGGGAAAUAUUUUUCCUAUCUUCCAAUAGUUUUUGAUUAGUCAGUGAGACAAACCUGGGAGUCUUGCAUUUUUUCAUGAACUAUGAAAAAGAGCACAUAUACCCCAUGACCUCAUUUCCUCCUGCUGGAUCACCAGGCAGUAAAUUCCUGCUCCAUCCUUCUCAGAUCAGUGACCUAAGGACCUCGCUGUCCUGGAGCAGAUAGUGGAAAAAAAAAAAAAA